GGACGAACCCCGAUGCUGAUGCGCUCGUGCUGAGGAAACUGUGAUCCGCGACGCACGAUCCACACCGGUCGAGGCGAAGAUGGUAGCGGUGCACGCCUCAGCGCACUCCGUGGCCUCCUCAGAGUGGAUCAUCUGCCUGGACAAGAGGCCAGCAGAACGCACGGGAGAAGAUGUGGACAUAAUUCUGGCUCGGCUGAAGGGUGUGAAGGCAUUUGAGAAGUUCCACCCCAACCUUCUGCAGCAGAUCUGCUUUUGUGGCUUCUAUGAGUACCUGGAGAAAGGCAUCACCUUGUAUCGGCAGGGUGACAUUGGUACCAGCUGGUACGCUGUUCUGUCUGGAUCCCUGGAUGUGAAAGUGUCUGAGACAGCCAACCAUCAGGAUGCUGUAACGAUCUGUACUUUGGGAGUCGGGACAGCGUUUGGGGAGUCAAUCUUGGAUAACACACCUCGACAUGCCACGAUUGUCAGCCGAGAGAACAGUGAACUUUUGCGCAUCGAGCAGAGGGAGUUCAAAACCCUGUGGGAGAAAUACAGGCAGUGCAUGGCAGGGCUUCUCGCCCCGCCGUACGGAGUGAUGGACAGUGGAACUACUAAUGACAGAAAGCCUGACAAAGAUAACCUCAACAACGACCCCCUCAAUUUUAUGUCAAAAAGUCUAAACAAGGCCCCAUCAGAAAAGAUUUUGAGGGCAGAAAAAGUCUUACGUAACGCUAUUCUGGCCAGAGCACCCCACAUGAUCAGAGAUAGAAAGUAUCAUCUGAAAACCUACAGGCAGUGUUGUGUCGGCACAGAGCUGGUCGACUGGCUGCUUCAGCAGAGUUCAUGUGUUCACAGUCGAGGUCAUGCUGUAGGAAUGUGGCAGGUGCUCUUGGAGGAAGGGGUCCUAAACCAUGUUGACCAUGAGAUGAACUUUCAGGAUAAGUACCUCUUUUACCGUUUCCUUGAUGAUGAGGAGGAGGAUGCGGUGUUGCCUAGCGACGAUGAGAAACGUGAGGCAGAGGAAGAGCUGCAGGAGACCCUCCUCUUCCUCUCUCAGAUCGGUCCUGAUGCACACAUGCGAAUGAUCCUCAGGAAACCGCCAGGUCAAAGAACGGCUGAAGACCUGGAGAUCAUUUAUGAUGAGCUGCUGCAUAUCAAAGCUCUCUCCCAUCUCUCGAACACUGUGAAGAGAGAGCUCGCUGGAGUCCUUAUCUUUGAGUCACAUGCCAAAGCAGGCACUGUCUUGUUUAAUCAAGGAGAGGAAGGCACCUCUUGGUAUAUAAUCCAGAAGGGGUCUGUUAAUGUUGUUAUCUAUGGCAAGGGUGUGGUGUGCACACUGCAUGAAGGAGAUGAUUUUGGCAAACUGGCCCUGGUGAACGACGCCCCCCGUGCUGCUUCCAUCGUCCUGAGAGAGGACAACUGCCACUUCCUGAGAGUGGACAAAGAGGAUUUUAACCGUAUUCUCAGGGAUGUUGAAGCAAACACAGUGCGUCUGAAGGAGCAUGAGCAGGAUGUUUUGGUGCUUCAGAAGAGUCUUCGGCCCUACAGCCAUGGAAACAUCCCAGCUCACUUCAAGUACACUGUGAUGUCAGGGACCCCAGAGAAGAUUCUGGAGCAUCUGCUGGAGACAAUGCGACUGGACAUUCAUUUCUCUGACCCAGAUCCUGCUCUGGAUGACUUUGUGCUAAUGCACUGUGUUUUCAUGCCGAACAGCCAGCUGUGCCCUGCCUUCCUGGCCCACUACCACUCUCAAGCGUCUCAGGGCUCCGAGCAGGAGCGUCUAGACUACGCUGUGGCCAGCAAGAGACGGACGCUCAGUCUGGCUUUGCGUUGGGCCACACUGCAAGCCCACCAUCUGCUGGAGGAUGACACUGCACUCGGCUUUCUGGAGGAGCUGCACGGAUUUGUGUCUAAUGAUGCAAGGGUUUUGCGUCCACUGAAGGAUCUACUGCCAGAACUGGAGAGAAUCGUGAAGCAGUAUCCAGAUGAUGCACGGACCUCGCAAAAAAAGAAUAAAGUUCUCCUGCGACAAUUCAGUUCUGGAGAGGAGAGGCUUGCGAAAAAGCAGCCGAUCAGAAGCUUUGAUGACAUACUGUUGAAGGUGUACUGCAGCGAUCACACCUACACUACUAUCCGUGUUUCUGUGCUUGCCACCGGGAGAGAGGUGACCGCAGCUAUAGCAGAUAAACUGGGAUCCGCUGAAGAACUGAUUCUGAUAAACCUCAGCGCAUCUGGAGAAAAGCAGAUUUUAAAGCCCAACGAUGUAUCAGUGUUCCAGUCCCUGGGAGUGAACGGACGGAUGUUUGUCUGUUCCAGAGAACAGCUCGACUCACUGAAUCCUCUUCCGGAGCAGGAAGGUCCCUCUACAGGUUCAAUGUCCAGUUUCGAGCUGAUGAGCUCUAAGGAUCUGGCCUUCCAAAUGACCCAGUAUGACUGGGAGCUUUUCAGCUGUGUGCAUGAGUAUGAGCUGGUGUAUCAUACAUUUGGUCGUCAGGCGUACAGACGCUCCACAGCGAAUCUGGAGUUGUUCCUGAGACGCUUUAAUCAGGUUCAGCUGUGGGUGGUCACUGAGGUCUGUCUGUGUGGAACGCUCAGCAAACGAGUCCAACUGCUUAAGAAGUUCAUCAAGAUCGCUGCCCAUUGUAGAGAGUUUAAGAAUUUGAACUCUUUCUUCGCCAUUAUCAUGGGCAUGUGCAACCCAGCCGUGAGCAGACUCAGCCAAACAUGGGAGAAACUGCCUAGUAAAUUUAAGAAGUUCUACUCUGAGUUUGAGAGUUUGCUAGAUCCAUCCAGGAAUCACCGUGCCUACCGCCUCACUGUGGCUAAGAUGGAACCGCCAAUCAUUCCCUUUAUGCCCCUCCUCAUUAAAGACAUGACAUUCACUCAUGAGGGGAACAAGACCUUCGUUGGUGGACUGGUGAACUUUGAAAAGAUGCGACUGAUUGCGAACACAGUCCGGGCGGUGAGGCAUUGCAGGAGUCAGCCCUUCAAUGCUGAGGCUUCUCCAGCCAGUAAGAAUCCACAGGAAGUGAGGAAUUACACGCGUCAGUUGAGUGUGAUUGACAACCAGAGAACCUUAUCACAGCUGUCCUUCAGACUGGAGCCGAGGCGGGGCUAAACCCAAAUGCUCAAUCUUUCUGUCUUUCUCUCCCGCUCUUCAAAAUACACACUGUAUGUCCAGUUUACAACCGUAAAACUCAAUUUAACCUGUUAUCUGUCGACUGCCAGAGCAGUUGAAUGCCGACUAUAUGUGCUAUCACUGCCAACUGAACAAUGUGUACAAGAUGCAUUCUCAUAUGUUUGCUUGAUUGUGUGUGUGAGAGUUGCAUGUCAAUGACUCCUGCUAGUCUUAAGAUUUGAAGUGUAAUUGACCCUUUACUAAGUUUUACAGUAUUUUUGGAUAAUUUCUCUACAGUUCUGUUUAAAACCAUCUAAACACACAGAACAUUCAUAGAGGCUUAGCAAAGGGUCAGUUGGCUUUGAUGGCGUGUGUUUGACUGUGUCCGUCCUUAUAUUCGGUCUGUGCAAAGAUAACGUGAGGCCCUUUGUCAUGUUCAUUGCUCUCAUAAUACAAUGUUUUAGAACACUGUAAACCUGCUCCCUGUGCAUUUCUAUUAUCCUCAAAUACAUUCUGAACAAUCUAAAAUGAGAGGUUAGUAAAAGUUACAUAUUAUACAUACUGUACGAUAACAGUGACACUAUGGUCUUGUUGCCGACCACAUAAUCAUUUAUUAUUGAUACCCUGUUAAACCCCCAGGCCUCAGUAUCUUGUUGUGUGUUUUGUUAAGUCAGAUAAAAAUGUCAGUAUUCUGGCUAAAGGACUAUUUUUUACCACCGGUAACAUUAUGUGCUGGAAGCGUACCUCUCGCCAUAGCCUGUAGCAUUAUUGAUGUCAUUAUGUAUAUUGAGUUUUAUUUGUAUACUUUUGGGUUGGACCCAUUUUGCUAAGUUAUCAUAAUUGGCCGAGAAGGCCUUUGUUUGUUCUCAUGCUGCCUUUUGGAAAGUCAGAUUCUGUUUGCGUAUAGGGCACAUGCUUUCUUUUAGGAACAUUUCUACUCCUACCUUGUAAAUAGUAUAAUCUAAAUAAAUGUACCAUUGAACACUUUCUGUUGAUGUGAUUAGACUUUUUACUCCAAAUUUCUCUUGCUCUUUUUUUUAUUUCCUGUA